GAAGAAGAUAUUUCAUUUAAUUAUAUGUAUAAUAUUUAUGUCAAACAUAGCUGAAAACCAGCCACACUAAUCCAAAGCUUUUGACUCAUAUUUAUAACCUCAUCCUUUUUACGUUCUUAAGAACCACUAACUCUUUCAUUCCUUCUUUUCUUUCUCAAUUGAGAAAUACAUAAAACGACAUUGUUUAUUAAUAUUCCAGUGUCGUUUUAACCACUUCACUACAGUUCAUCCCCAUUACAUAAAAAUUAGGAUAAAGUCUGAAAAUUUGAAUACAAAUAUAUAAUUUUGUGCCGCCAUGGCUGCGGCUCUAGCGGGAGACGAUUUGGCCAGAUCUUCAACGAGUAGCUUAGCUUCAAGAUCAUCAAGAAGUUUGAGAGAGAUAUGGACAUUACCGGCGCCGUUGGACAUGUUCAGCCGUAGUAAUCAUCAUGAUGAAAACGAGGACGAGGAAGAGCUGCGUUGGGCCGCCAUUGAAAGGCUUCCGACUUAUGACCGUCUUCGUAAAGGGAUGUUUAAGCAUGUUCUCGACAAUGGUAGAGUUGUUCAUGAUGAGAUUGAUGUUACCAAGCUUGGAAUUCAAGAGAAGAAGGUUUUAAUGGAGAAUCUACUUAGUGUUGUUGAAGAAGAUAACGAAAAGUUUCUUCGAAGACUUCGUGAGAGAAUUGAUAGAGUGGGAAUCGAAAUUCCAAAGAUUGAAGUUCGAUAUGAGAGAUUAUGUAUUGAAGGAGAUGUGUAUGUUGGUAGCAGAGCUCUUCCUACUCUGCUUAAUGUUACUUUGAACACUGUAGAGAAUACACUUGGAUUGGUUGGACUUGUUCCAUCAAAGAAAAGAAAAAUUCAGAUUCUCAAAGAUAUUAGUGGAAUUAUCAGACCCUCUAGAAUGACCCUACUUCUGGGCCCUCCAGGAGCUGGGAAAACAACCAUGUUGCUGGCCCUUGCUGGGAAACUUGAUAAUGAUCUAAGGGUAUCUGGAAAAGUCACAUACUGUGGCCAUGAAAUGAAAGAAUUUGUACCUCAAAGAACAUGUGCUUACAUUAGUCAACAUGAUCUUCACUAUGGAGAGAUGACAGUAAGAGAAACCUUAGAUUUCUCAGGAAGAUGUUUAGGCGUUGGGACAAGGUAUGAAAUGUUGGCUGAGCUCUCCUUAAGAGAAAAAGAAUUAGGGAUUAAACCAGACCCUCAGAUUGAUGCAUUCAUGAAGGCCACUGCAAUUUCAGGCCAGAAGACAAGUCUUGUCACUGAUUAUGUUCUUAAGAUACUUGGGUUGGAUAUUUGUGCUGACAUUAUGGUUGGUGAUGAUAUGAGAAGAGGUAUUUCUGGUGGUCAAAAGAAGCGAGUUACAACAGGAGAGAUGUUGGUGGGGCCAGCAAAAGUUCUUUUGAUGGAUGAAAUUUCAACAGGAUUAGAUAGUUCCACCACAUUUCAAAUAUGCAGUUACAUGAGACAAAUGGUUCAUAUCUUAGAUGUAACAAUGGUUAUCUCCCUUCUACAACCAGCACCAGAGACAUAUGAGCUUUUCGAUGACAUAAUCUUACUUUCAGAAGGUCAAAUUGUGUACCAAGGUCCUAAAGAAAAUGUACUAGAGUUCUUUGAGUACAUGGGGUUCAAAUGCCCAGAGAGGAAAGGAGUUGCUGACUUUUUACAAGAAGUAACAUCCAAGAAAGACCAAGAACAAUAUUGGUGUAAAAACCACCACCCUUACAACUUCAUAUCAGUCUCUGAUUUUUCAGAGUCAUUCAAAAAUUUCCACAUUGGUCACAAACUUGCAUCUGAUCUUGGAAUUCCUUAUGACAAAAGUAGAGCUCACCCGGCUGCAUUGGUGACAGAAAAGUAUGGAAUAUCAAAUAUAGAGCUAUUCAAAGCAUGCUUUUCGAGAGAAUGGCUGCUUAUGAAGCGAAGUUCUUUCAUUUACAUAUUCAAAACAACACAGAUAACAAUCAUGUCGCUCAUUGCUUUGACUGUGUUCCUUAGAACAGAAAUGCCAGUGGGAACUGUAGUAGAUGGAGGAAAGUUUUUUGGAGCACUUUUCUUUAGUCUGAUUAAUGUGAUGUUCAAUGGGAUGGCAGAGCUGGCUAUGACUAUUUUUAGACUUCCUGUGUUUUUCAAACAAAGGGAUUUCUUGUUUUAUCCUGCUUGGGCUUUUUGCUUUCCUAUUUGGGUCCUAAGAAUCCCCCUAUCAUUUAUAGAAUCAGCAAUAUGGAUUGUUCUAACAUAUUACACAAUUGGGUUUGCUCCAGCAGCUAGCAGAUUUUUCAAACAGUUGUUGGCAUUCUUUGGCAUACAUCAGAUGGCUCUUUCCCUCUUUCGCUUCAUCGCUGCAAUUGGAAGAACACAAGUUAUUGCAAAUACUCUUGGUACUUUUACAUUGUUACUGGUGUUUGUACUCGGAGGAUUUGUUGUUGCCAAAAAUGACAUUCAGCCAUGGAUGAUAUGGGGAUACUACAUUUCUCCUAUGAUGUAUGGACAGAAUGCAAUAGUCAUUAAUGAGUUUCUUGAUGAAAGAUGGAGCAAGCCAAAUACAGAUCCCAGAGUAAAAGAAGCUACAGUUGGGAAAGUCCUCCUCCAGUCUAGAGGUUUCUAUACAGAAGAAUAUUGGUAUUGGAUUUGUGUUGGAGCACUCUUUGGAUUUUCUCUCCUUUUCAACAUUUUGUUUAUUGCAGCAUUGACUUACUUGAACCCUUUGGGAGAUUCGAAAGCUGUCAUUGCAGAUGAAGAAGGGGUGAAAAGGAGAAAAAGUCAAUCCUUAAGUAAAGAAGGCAUUGAAAUGAAACUGAGGGGUUCUUCAGAGAUUGUUGGCGAUUAUGAGAAUACACCAAAGAGAGGAAUGGUCUUACCCUUCAAACCGUUAUCACUCGCAUUCAACCAUGUGAACUACUAUGUAGAUAUGCCUGCUGAAAUGAAAAUUCAAGGAGUUGAAGAAGAUCGCCUUCAGCUGUUGAGAGAUGUCAGUGGUGCUUUCAGGCCUGGAAUAUUGACAGCAUUAGUUGGUGUCAGUGGUGCUGGGAAGACAACUCUUAUGGAUGUCUUGGCAGGACGGAAAACAGGAGGCUCCACUGAAGGAAGCAUUAGUAUUUCGGGUUUUCCAAAGAAGCAGGAAACAUUUGCUCGAGUUAGUGGAUACUGUGAGCAGAAUGACAUUCAUUCACCUCAUGUAACUGUCUAUGAAUCUCUUCUCUACUCAGCUUGGCUUCGUCUAGCUAAAGAUGUGAGCACAAAAACACGAAAGAUGUUUGUGGAGGAAGUUAUGGAUUUGGUUGAGCUAAAUCCAAUUAGAGAAGCUCUUGUAGGCCUUCCUGGAAUUGAUGGUCUCUCCACAGAACAAAGGAAAAGGCUAACAAUAGCUGUGGAAUUGGUUGCAAAUCCAUCUAUCAUCUUCAUGGAUGAACCAACUUCUGGUCUUGAUGCUAGAUCAGCCGCCAUUGUGAUGAGAACUGUGAGAAACACCGUCGACACAGGAAGAACUGUUGUAUGCACAAUUCACCAGCCAAGUAUCGAUAUCUUUGAAGCUUUUGAUGAGUUGCUACUAAUGAAACGUGGAGGACAAGUCAUUUAUGCUGGACCUCUUGGUCGCCAUUCUCACAAGUUGAUAGAGUACUAUGAAGCUAUUCCAGGGGUCCCUAAGAUUAAGGAUGGUUACAACCCUGCAACAUGGAUGCUUGAAAUCACUUCCCCUCUUGUUGAGACACAACUUCAUGUUGACUUUGCCGAAAUUUUCGCCAACUCUGAGCUUAACCAGAGGAAUCAGAAUCUUAUCAAAGAGCUUAGUACUCCACUACCAGGCACUAAAGAUCUCUACUUUCCUACUAAAUACUCACAACCCUUCUUUGUUCAAUGCAAAGCUUGUUUUUGGAAACAACAUUGGUCUUAUUGGAGAAACCCUCAAUAUAAUGCUAUUCGGUUCUUCAUGACCAUAGUCAUUGGUAUUUUGUUUGGUCUUAUUUUCUGGGACAAGGGACAACAAAUGACAAAACAACAAGAUCUAAUGAACCUUUUGGGAGCCAUGUAUGCUGCUGUACUUUUCCUUGGAGCCACCAAUGCUUCUGCUGUACAAUCUGUUGUUGCCAUUGAAAGAACAGUUUUCUACCGUGAAAGAGCUGCUGGCAUGUAUUCAGAACUUCCUUACGCCUUUUCUCAGGUGUUGAUUGAGACAAUCUAUACAGCAAUUCAGACUAUGAUUUACAUUCUUCUCCUUUACUUCAUGAUUGGGUUUGAGUGGAAAUUAGGAAAGUUUUUGUGGUUCUACUAUUACAUAUUGAUGAGCUUCAUCUACUUCACUCUAUAUGGCAUGAUGGUUGUUGCAUUGACACCAGGCCACCAAAUUGCUGCCAUUGUUAUGUCAUUUUUUCUCAGCUUUUGGAACUUAUUUUCUGGCUUUCUUAUUCCCAGACCGCAAAUUCCAAUCUGGUGGAGGUGGUACUAUUGGGCUUCUCCUGUAGCUUGGACAUUAUAUGGGCUUGUUACAUCUCAAGUAGGUGACAAAAGUGUUGAUUUGGAGUUACCUGGGCUUGGUACUAGUAUUCCAUUGAAGAUAUUUCUUAAGGAAAAUUUGGGGUUUGAGUAUGAUUUUUUACCUAUUGUUGCUGUGGCCCAUGUUGGUUGGGUUCUUCUAUUCUUUUUUGUAUUUGCUUAUGGAAUCAAAUUCCUCAAUUUCCAAAGAAGAUAGUUAUAGAGAAUGGAGUUUGUAAUUAGUCAUUAUUAAGAGUGAUAACUUUGAUUUGAAGGAAAUAAAAUUAAUGUAUAUAGAUAAUCUUCUAUUUUGUGUUUUUGCAGAAUGUGUUGCAAAAUAAAACAACUUGGUAUUUAAUUUAACCCAGUGCUAUAAUUCAUUG